GUUGGUGAUUUGACUUGAUGCAUUUUAUAUAAUAUUACUGUAUAGUUCCUGUGUGAUCAAAUAUUGUACCAAGACAUAUUCUAUCGGCAGAAUUAGAGGUCUAAAUAUGGAAAUAGCAUGGAUUCAAUUUGUUUCUUUUUUCCAAGGUAUUUCAUGCCUGUUAUUCCUACCUAACCAAACAUUUGACUACAUUGACGCGCUAGAUUACUGCGCUUCCAAAAACAAUAGUGUUUUGUCAAACUUAUCAGAUGCCAUGCUAGCAAGAAAUAGGUGCAUGCUAACCAAUUGUGACGUAUGGUAUAAGAGAAAACAGACAGAUCCAGAUUUAGGUUCGGAAAAGCCUGAUGGAAUGUGUUAUGUAUACGGUAGCUAUUGGAAACCCUGCAGGGAAAAGUUGUGGUUCUUUUGUAAUGAUGGAGAGAAUCCUGGAUCAGUUCAAUGUUCAAGACCGACAGGGAUCCUUGCAUGUUCACAUCCGGCAGGCAAACUCAUUGACAGGGGUAUACCAUACCCACUUAUAAAAUAUUCAGAUGACCACACACGUAAAAACACAAACGGAAAGUCAACGAAGCAGGAAAUUGAUUUUAACUUCUACGAAUGGAUGAUUAUAGCAGGCGCUGUUAUUCUAGCUAUCUUGGUAACUUUGGUCGUUGUUGGUGCCAUUUUGAAAUGCCGCAAACCAAAGCAAACUCCAAAAGACAAGUUGCUUACCACUUCAGAAGACACUGGUCUAGGAAAAUACGUAACUGACAGCAAAUGGUACGAAGGCACUCAUGAAUUUAUCAAUGAACCACCGCAUAUUUACGACAAAUCUAUCACUGAACCACCGCAUAUUUACGACAAAUCUAUCAUUGAGCCACCGCAUAUUUACGACAAAGCAGAAAUAACAGUCUAUGAUUAUGCAAUUUAAGCUCAUCUGCUCAUUAAUUGAUGAGUGUUCUUACACAAAUAUGACAAUAACUGUUCAUAUAUGUAUUAUAAUAGUUUGACGUUAUGUAUAUAGUAGUUGUCGUUUGUUGAUGUGGUUCAUAAGUGUUUCUCGUUUCUCGUUUUUUAUAUAGAUUAGACCGUUGGUUUUCCCGUUUGAAUGGUUUUACACUAGUAAUUUUUUGGGGCCCUUUAUAGCUUACUGUUCGGUGUGAGCCAAGGCUCCGUGUUGAAGACCGUACUGUGACCUAUAAUGGUUUACUUUAUUAAAUUUGACUUGGAUGGAGAGUUGUCUCAUUGGCACUCAUACCACAUCUUCUUAUAUCUAUAUAUGAAGUUGCAUCAAAACGUAGUAAGAACGAGUAGAAAAGGAUAGUUCCGUAAACUUUCUAUUUAAGUAACAUUAAAAUUCAAUGUUACGAAAAAAAAACAAAAAAAAAAAACAAAAAAAAUCCCAAGAAUUCGAAUAUGGAAAAAUAUUUUAUUUGUUUUUUAACAGUGUAAUUAACGCACGCUACGCUCGUCCAUUAGGAAAGGUUUUGGUAAGUUUCAGGAUGAAUAUUUGUUUUUAUAUUUGAAUUCUUGGAUUAGUUAUUUAUAAGUAACUAAAGCUGUACAUUUAUCAGAAGUCCUUAUAAUUGUAAAAUUGUAAGUCGUUUAGUUUAAAUGUUCUGUAAAGUAGUAAUUUUCAGAUUUUUAUACUUUAUUGUUCAUAUAUUUAUUACAAUUAUAUUUUACAAAUUAUAAACCUGUUUUUUUACUUUGAGACCACUUUGCAUACUCUCCCAACCCUUAUUAAUAACUAACUCGUGACAAUACAAGUUCAUUAUCAUUACAUUAGCAAAUCAUUAUUUGUAUUUUAUCACGAAUUUAUAGUAAAUAACUUAUAAUUUCACAAUAAAAUGAUUUUAACACUAAAAGAUAACCUAAUUCUAUAUUUUGCGACAAAUGAGCUUAGCUAACUAGUAUGAAAGUAUACUCAUUUGCUUCAAGUUAUUAUCACAUGACUGUGUGCAACAAUAUUCCUCUAUUCGCAAAUUGGCAACUUCCUGAAAAUAUGCCAAUGUACUUUAUAUUUCUUAAGAGACCAAAUGAGUUUAACAACUAUAGGUGACCGUACGGCCUUCAACAAUGAGCAACACCUAUGCCGCAUAGGUAGCUAUAAAAGGCCCCGAAAUGACAAAUGUAAAACAAUUUAAACGAGAAAACAAACGGCUUGAUUUAAGUACAAAAAAAAAACGAAAAAAAAUAUGAUUUAUAGCAACAAAUGGUAACCAUUGACUUGGGACAUGCACACACAGAAUGUGACGGGUAAAAAAUGUUUGCUGGCGCCAAAACCCUCCCCUAACCUGGGACACUUGUGUAACAGUAUGCCAUAAGAACAAACUAUAAAAACCAGUGGAAAAAGGCUUAACUCAUCAAAUCGAUACAAAGCACAUACAGUACAGAUCUGAGAGUACUCGCAGUUACUAAAAGCUAAUAAAAAAUCAUUUGUCUAAAACUAAAAUAUCAAUCAAUACAUACCCAACAUCCAAUGGACUUAGUGUAAAGACGUCAUUAACAGUCAGAGAAGAACAUGACCUUGUGCAAUGCCAAAAUAUACGCAUCGGCUGAUUAUAUAACCAUGAAUAUACGUAUGGGUACAACAAUAAUAUUUGUUUGGUUUAAAUUUACUGAUAAUCAAUAUUUUUAUCGAUUAAAACAAUAUUUAAAGAUCUAACUACAAUUGAAUUUUAACCUUUUAGAAUAUCUAAAUUUAUGGGCUCGGUAAACAACAUCACCGUAAAAAUUAGGAUGUGCUAUUCCGUUUGUAAUAAGUCUUCUACAGGUACAGCCAAACUUCUAAAUUGAAUCGUGGUAAGGAAAUCCUUGCCUCAAUAAUUUACCAGUAAUACAUAAAUUAUUUUCAUUGAAACCCAAAACGUCACUACAGACACGGGCAUAGCGAUCGAGUUGUGAUAAAAACACCGUAAGAUGGUGCCAACGGAACUUCACCGUCGAUAAAAGGAAAAUUAGCAAUAGGGAACGAAAAAUCAUCCCUUUUGUCGGAAAGUUUUGAGUAGAGUUUCCCGUGUAAACCUGAAGUAUAUAAAUCUAGAAAGGGACGGUUAUUACCGUUUAUUUUGAUUUAUUUGAAGUAAGUUCCUUUUGGGUAAGUUUCAGCAGCAUAUUAAGAAAACUAUUGAUUAUUCAACGAACAAAUGUCAUCAAGAUAACGGUAAGUGUUGAUGAAUCUAUCAAUUAAAUGCAAUUUAGACGGGUCUUUACUUAGUUUGGCCAUAAACUGAGAUCCAUAUCAGUAAAAGAACAAGUCUGCUUUAUAGGGGCGCAAUUGGUGCUCAUAGAAAAACAUACUACCUGUCGAAACGUAAAUAAAUUUUGUAAAGGAGAACAUAUACAGCUUCUAUCAUCUCCCCAUACCUCCAGUAAAUAUAUCCAGCAUAUUUACUUUUCUCAUUAGAAAAUAAGGCUUGAUAUGAGUUGCAGCAAAUUAAUUUGCAAUCAGCUUUUUCAAACGACUAUUUAAUUAAAUAAGAAAACGUUUGCUUGAUAAGAUUGUGUGGAAUUGUAGUGUGGAGAGUUGAAAAGUCAAAACUGUCAACCGAAACAAAAGGACCAUCAUAAGCACGUAAUUUAUCUUAAACAUCCAAAGAAUUUUGAACAAUAUCGAAGAAUUGGCUCCUGGGGUCUAACAGUCCACCAGCAGAGGUAUCGACCCAAUGUCAGUAAUAAUAUAAACGGUACCAACUUUAUUGCACCAGAUGAGCAUUUCGACAAUUAAUUUUUUUCAGUAAUGCUCUCAGAUUUAGUAUCUCUAAAAGAAUAAUGUUAUGUAUUAAGCAAUCUUAGUUGUUGAUUUGCAGUAUAAUGUGGAUAUUAAGUACAUAGUUGAUUUUGACAAUUCUGGAACUAAAUCUUUUUUAUGCAGUGAUAUAUUCAUGUAGAAGUAAAUUAAAAAUAAAAUAUUAUGAUAAGAAA